UACUAAGUUUCAGUCUUUCUAGUGUUAAUUGAGAUCCUGUCCUAUACUAUAUCACAUUCUAUCGUUCAGCGUUCGAUCUCAUGAAUAAACCCGAAGGGUCACGUCAAUUAUAAAUUGGAAACGGAUUCGGACACGUGGAAUCAGGCUAUUCUGCUCCCAUAAUAAGAAUCCCUGGAUAGUAGGCCGCAGACAAUGACUGCAAAUGUCAGUCUCACCAUUAGCAUUGAUCACGUUCGAUCUCUCCUCCUUGGCUCGACGAAUUUUGUUCGAUGGAAAUCGGACUAGCAUCCAACUAACAUCAAAAGCUGCUGUUACUACUGUUACUGUCAUGCCUCGUCGCGUUCAAUGGCAUUUUGGCCAUAGCAGUCGCAAUCAAACCAGAAUAUCGAGAUCACUCGGUUCUCAUAACAUCCGUGGCAUUAUUGGUGGUAGAAAUAGAACAUUUAUAAUAGAGAACGGCGCUUAAAGGUUGCCCGGGCUCGCCAAAGGUGAAACCAAUUAAUUUCAACUUUAAUUUAAGAUUGAAGUCUUCAUCCAACAGAAUUCAAUUUACAAAUAAAUAACCUGAUCAGAAGUAGUGUAUUAAAAUAUAAUGAUUGCUAAACGAUAAAUUAUAUCCAAUUUUACGUACUAUUCUUUCCUGACUGUAACAAUCAGCUAUAAGUGGAAGAGAUCUUUAAUCAGUUCACACGCUGAUGUAAUAGAAGAUGUUCGAACGUGGGUCAAUCGACGAAGAACAAAACCGUGGACCUGAAGCUCAUCGAUCCGCGCGCGAUAAUUGGAGCGACGAGACGAUCGGCUCGCAUCUUUUACAGCGACCGCAAAGGUCACGUUCGCCGCGCUCACGCUCACGCUUUGUCUGCACAGGCACUGGAAACCGUAUUAAUCCCUGAGAACGUGACUCUUUCCCAGCCUAGUUCUCUAGACCCGUUGCGAUCGGUUGCUUCACCCAUCGAAGACGACGCGACCGCCCACGAUUUUUCGACCGGGCAACAACUCUCGGCAAGAGUUAUUUCAGAAAUUCGAGGAGGCGUCGCGACGGCCGCCCGCGUUUCAACCGAGCGAGUCAUUCCUUAAUUCACGGCACAAUGGUAAGACCGACGUACUAAUCGACGCAAUAAGUCGAUAAUUGCGGGGUUUCUACGGCUGAAACAUUCAGGCCAAUUAUACCGUAGGUUGAAGAUCACGCCUGCUCGCUCGGUUAUCUGUUGUGUUACUCGUCCCCGUUUAUCGGAGGAGAAAUCGCAAAUUACGCUAAUUACACCGCGUUUGUGUUCGCCUAAUCGAUUCCUUUGUUCCACUCGCGACUGAAACAACCUCGCCUGUUUGUCUCCCUCGUGCAAGUUAACUACACCCUCUGUCACAAGAGUACUGAGAGAAUUCUUUAACGCAAUGAUAAUUAUCUCGUUGCCAGUUACGAAAAUGUUACGGAUCACGGAGGAUGAAACGUUUUCGUGAACGAUGGCGAAGAUCCCGGGGUUGGGGACGGAACGAUCGAACUUUGCCCGUCGACACAAAGCGGACCACCGUUGAAUGACAAAAGUUCUACCAUGAAAGACGACCCUCUCUCCGGUUACGAAGCUCCAUACCGUAAAACCAGGUCGUGACGCCGACACAAUACACCCCCCCGGUUGGUCAAACACACGAACCGUGCUGACGAACCGAAUCGACGAAUCAAUCCCUCCGAUUUUCCCCGUUCAAGAGUCAAAGGAACGGUGAAUUCACUCGUGAAACGGAGAAGCAUUAACAUCCGCGCAAGACAGAGAGAGAGAGAGAGAGAGAGAGAGGGAGGGAAGCGGAGAGAUCAAUGGGAAAAAAGCUGCGCCAGAUUCUCCGAUGGAAAUGAUUGUUUCACAACGAAACGACGCCGUUGAAGGUCAGGCCCAAAGGACCUAACGGGGUGGGUGUGCCGGAUGCUGACCUUCUUCUUGCACAAUCGUUCGGGCUGCACCAUCAGCGGAUAUGAUUUGAAGGGAUCAACGGGGGCGCGGUCGCGAUUCCUAGAGCCGGUAUAUAAAGUCCGCCCGACUCGUCCGUGGGCACACUCGGCAAUCGGUCGGUCGCCAAGAUGAAGGCAUUCUUGAUUCUGAUAGGUCUGUUCGCCUUCGUCGCAGCUGCACCGCGUCAGCGUCGCGAAAUUUGGGGUGGAUACCCUGGCCACUACGGAGGACACCUUGGAUACCAUGGUGUGGCAGUCGCUGGGCCAGCUCUGGGACCGACUAGCGUCGCCGGUCCGCACAUCGGGGCAACCAUGGUGGCUGCUCCGUCCAUAGGACCAGCGAAGCUUUCUGGAUCGGUCGCCGGACCGGUACACGUUUCCGGUGCUGUGGCUGGCUCAGCUGUUGUCACCGCUUCCGUUGCUGGGCCUGCGCACGUCGAGGGCUACGGCGGUCCCUAUGAUGGAGGUUACGCCGCACCAGCGUACGCAGGGUACGCUGGCUACCCAGGAUAUUCUGGAUACGCAGGAUACGGUGGUCACGGGGUGGUCGUGGCAGGACCAGCGUCCCAUGGGGCAGUCUUCGCUGGUCCAGCGUCCCACGGUGCUGUUUUCGCCGGACCAGCGUCCCACGGUGCUGUUCUCGCCGGACCAGCGUCGCACGGCGUCGUUCUCGCCGGACCAGCGUCACACGGCGCCGCAAUAUCUGGUCCCCAUGCCGGAAGCGCCGCUGUGUCUGGACCGAACGCAGGUUCCGUAGUGAUCGCUGGUCCCUCCGGUAAAAUCACAACGCAUGGCACCGGCCACGGUGCGAUUCACACUGGUCACUGGUAACGUGCAAAACUUGUUUAAAAAAAAGUGUCAAAUAAUAUUACAAACUACGAUUAGUGAAAAUAUGUUUGUACCAUCGACGCUCGUUAAAACCGCGACGUUCCCCGUUCGUUACAAUUCCCUAAUAAUAUGUAACACGUUAUGAUUCUAUCAAUUUUUUAAUAACACAUUUGAAUACAUUUUGUUGGAUAACGA